AUGCCUACAAUCAGUGUUGACGUUGAUGAUGUCGAGUCGGUUGUCAGCCUCGAAUCGGAAGGGCCUCACCCGGCAGAUAGGCUGCCCAAGUUUGAGAGACACUCAAUCUUAAAAGUAAAUGGGAAAGUCCCAGAGGUUGUGUAUUCUCUCCAUCUGCUGGACAGCCGACAGCAAAUCAUAGACCACCUCCAAAGCGACGAGCCAUUUGACAAGCAGGCGGGAAAGCCUGACUGGUUCGGUAAUGACGCAUCACCCGAUUCUGCUGGCGAAGACAGCCGUGAACGACGUUCCGGCCGGGCAGGCGAGCAGCCGGUGAUCGAAAUUGUCAAUACGGUCACCACUAGAAGACGGCCAGGGGAUCGUCUUAUCACUCGACCGUAUGGGCGUACCUUGCCAACCCAUAUCAGGCAUCCUCAACCGGUCAUUUACGAAGACGCUCGAUAUGAGGAACAACAUUACAACGGAGUCACCAGACGCAGUUCGCACAUGGUUAUUCAUUCAACAUACAUCAUAAACGCUCUGAAAGCAGUAGUGGCGUAUUAUCCCGACUUUCACCUUCACGCGCCACGAGUGAUUGUUGAUGCUCCGUAUCAUGUGUUGUAUCACCACCGUGAGGAGCUCGCCGCCUACAAGGACAAUCAACCUUCGACGCACGAGGAAGAUUACAAGUUGACCGCAUCCCAUCACAUUGACGUGCUUCUGAAGUACCUGGAUGCCACAUAUGGGCGUGAGUUCCGGGAAGAAGAAGCCCGCCACAAAUUACCCAAUCCCGUCACCACACAUGAAUGGUACUGGACUUUGUUCAAGCCUGGUCAGGUUGUUUACGCGCAAAGGGAUGGGGCGUGGGGUGCCUAUAUCGUCAGUGGAUUUGUAGCACCAAGAGCACCAGGCGACCGAUAUCUGAUAUAUGCGUGGUAUCUAAGGGCAGAUGGCGAUACAAUUAUCAGAGAUACGACAAAGUUCUCGGUAAGAUUCUGGGAGGGCGAAGUUCCUAUCAACAGCCUGUCAGUGUUCCCUAAGGAAUUUUGGACAGAGGACCUGCAGGGUCAAGUUGGAAAGUCCGAAAAGUCGGAAAAGCCCGAAAAGCCUCUAAGGGAGAAGCUCAUCGAGCAAGGGAAACAGCUCUGGGAGCUUCUCAAGGCACCCACGUCGAAGCAGUACAAUGGGGAGCUUGUUGACGACGUUUUUGACGUCAAGGAUGUCCAGAAAGGCUUCGUAAGCGGUCGUGUCAUUUGCGACUCGUCAGGCUUUGAUGAGUUUUGUCCCGCAAACAAGAACUUCAGUAAUCGACACGACGAGAGGACAUACGAAGUGAGGCAUCGAAAUAUCAGAACACGAGAUCACGACGAUGAUGCCUUUGACCUUUUACCACACUCGCCGCCUCGUUGUGGGUGUCGAGCCUGCGUCGCCAGGCCACAGGAGUCUACCGAAGAGGUCGUGUUCCAAGACUUCUACACCCACAUACCCGAGUUAGACGAGGCGCCCGACAACGACCUCUUUUACAUGGUCUGCAGCCAGCUCAUUCCCGGAUUCAUCCUGUCGUCUCGCCGCUGGGGAAUUUUCAAAAUCUCCAACCUGUCAGACAUCAAACCCGACAAAGAGGCGUUCAAAUACCUCGUCCUAGACGACAAGCUCAAACGCACCGUCAAAGCCCUUAUCGGUCGCUUUGCAGCCUCCAUCGACAACAAAGUCGCCCCCUGGGGUAACGAUUUCGUCAAGAGCAAGGGCGAAGGCCGCAUCUUCCUUCUCCACGGCCAACCUGGCGUCGGCAAAACCUCCACAGCAGAAUGCAUCGCCGAGCUCGCCAACCGGCCCCUUAUCCCCCUCACAUCCGGCGACCUCCUCACCUCGCUCGAGGACGUCGAGAAAAAUCUCACCUACUUCCUCACCUUGGGUCAACGCUACGGCGCACUAGUCCUGCUCGACGAAGCAGACAUCUACCUCGAGCACCGCACAGCCAGCGACAUCACCCGCAAUGGCCUCGUGUCCAUCUUCCUCCGUGCUCUCGAAUACUACCGCGGCGUGCUGUUCCUCACGACCAACCGCGUCCAGUCUUUUGAUACUGCCUUCCUCAGCCGCAUCCACGUAGCCCUGCACUAUAAGAACCUCACGAAUGAGAACCGUGAGCGAAUCUGGGCCCAUGCAUUUGAGAGACUUGUGCGUGAUUCCAACGGCAAGAUACACGUCUCGUCUGCGGCGAAGGACUAUGUAUUCCACCACGAGGAUGUGCAGGUGUUGAAGUUGAAUGGACGAGAGAUCCGGAACGCAAUGCAAACGGCCUUGGCGCUCGCAGAGAGUGAAGCAGAGGAGGAAGGUGAUCAGAUCAUUACCAUACGAGCGAGCCACUUGGAGGCGGUUGUGGAGAUGAGCUCAAGCUUCAAGGGGUAUGUUGCUGGUUUGAAGGGCCGAGAUGGUUGCGAGGGAGAUAAAGAGUGA